AGAUACGGCUGCAAGAAGUGACGGCGAGUUCAGACACUUUUGGCGGUCAAAUCGGCGCGCGGAACAUGACGGCUGAGGGUCUGCUGUAUGCCGAUCAUUUUUGGGGCGACAAGCAUCAUGGAUUUCAGGUGCUGCAAGAGAAUCUGAAGAAAUCCGAGGAAACCGUCGCAGAAGUCGCUCAAUUCGUGAAGGAACGGCUUUCAGUUGAAGAUGAAUAUGUUAAAGCCAUCAAUCGGAGUGUUAAUAAGGUAUCCCACUACAUUCAAAAUGGGUCUUCAAUCGAUGCGAUGUGGCUUCUAACCAAAGGAACGAUGGAAUUAAUGGCCGAAAUCCACGUGAUGCUCGUCAAAAACCUUCAAGACCUCUCCAGAGAAGUUCUGAAAUACAAAGAGGACGUGAAUCGAACGAGAAAAGAGCUGAAACAGCCGCAAGUCGCCGAGGCGGUCAAUUUGAUGCAAACGACGACGACGUGCCUUCAAAAAGCCAAAGAAACGUAUCAGCAUCGUUGUCAGGAGCUGGAAAAAGUGAAGAAAGAGACGAAUGUUAAUGUUAAAGAAAUCAGUAAAGUCGAAUUAAAAGUUGCGCGAGCUCGUGAAGAAUAUAAAAGCUACGUGGAUAAAUAUGAACUUGUUCGAGAGGAUUUCGAGACGAAAAUGAGCGAUUCGUGCAAGAAAUUUCAGACUUUUGAUAGAUCUCUCUACGCGUCAAUUCAGCAAUUUAUGCUUCUUUUCGCAAACCACUCUACGGAAAUGUCAUCUGCAAGCCAUCAAGUCGCCGAGCAAUUCAAAGAAUCUAUACAGCACUUGAAUGCCGACGAAUUUGUCAGAAAAUUCGUAAAGACCAAGUCGACUGGGACGGAAAAGCCACCGCGCGUGCUUUUCGAAGAAUCUGAAAACGGACAGCUGCCGGCUUCCUCGUCGUCGAUGAAUCUGAAUCCGGUACGAGAUUUAGUGGAUAUUAUGUCAGGCAACUCUAUGCCCUCAUCCUGCUCAUCAUCAGGAAUCCUACAAGAUCAAGCUCCACCACCGCAUCCGACUACUGUAGAUUUACUAAUGAUGGACCCAAUUGGCGAGGGAAUUCCCGUUGUUGACUCAUCCAUAAAUUCAAAUUAUUCCACACCGCCUAUAAUCAAUAAUUCUAUACCAGAAAGCAUCAAAAAAUCGUCAGAAGACCUAUCGGAGAAAAAAGGAGGCAAAAAAUUGUCAAUGUUCAUACCGAAACGUCGGACAAAAACCGUCUCGACUAGCUCGAUUGACGAGACUCCGACCACUGCUGAGCCAUUUUCUGCUUCAGGACUUUUCAAGUUUACGCGCGAGAAGAGGAGAUCGAAAAAGGAAAAUGAGGCGAACUUGAGGGCUUCUGUAUGCAUGGACGACACUCACAGCACGGCGAGCAGCUCAAAAUCCGACGAUAAAAUGCUCAAUGGCUCGGCGCCGGCUCACUCACUGUUGGAUGCUCCAAUUGAUGAAAAACCGAAGAAUCUUCCCGUUGUCGACGACGAGGGAUAUAUUGUUCGAACGACGACAACUUCUGAAAAUAAUGCCGACUCAUCAAAUCCAACAGCAUGGUCCAGUUGUUCUAGUGAUGAGGAGGAGGACGAGGAUGAGCUUCAAAAGUCGAGAAUACGGAAAAUGACGAUUUCCGAUCGACCUGUACAUAUUAAUGCGUCGGUUGAUGAAUUGAGAGAUGCUAUUGGAAGUAUUACGUUGACGAGGAGUACCACUUUUGAAAGGGAUCCCUGGACGAUUGGCGGAACAAAAGCUCCACUGAUGUUCUCUCAGUCGAUGAAUGUCUCUUCCCUUCGGCAACCUCUACGCUCACAUCACACUGCUGACGGACGGUUUAGGACUAAUUUUAGUGAAUCCGAGGAUCCUCCUGCCUUCUCCGUUUCCAUGGGUCAUAACCAGGCGAUGGCGGCCGGAAUCGCACGAGCUCGGCCCCGAAGCAACACUCCCACCACGAGCCAAAUGAUGAGCCGGAAGGACUCGGCGAGCAGCUUUAUGGAUCCGUGGAGUAGUACUUUCAAUUUGGCGCCCAGUGAAUCGAAUCAUUCCCUUGGAGAAUCCACGUUUAAUUUGUCACAGUCUACCGGGAAUUUAUUGCAGGCCACAAUAUCCGAACAGCGAAUUCCGCUAGCCAUGGCCAUCAACGAGCACGUGCAUGUUUGGUUCAAAAAAGGAGCCGAAGAGUUCAUUCAGCGCACUUUCGGCACCGUAAUGAUAUCAUUUCCAACGUCAUCAAUAACUCUUCUCACGUCCAUCCAACACGAAAUUGAGCCACUAGCAUUCCGGCUCUCAAAUGCUAAAUUCAUUAAAUCAGUGCUCCCCAACAAGCAACUUAUCGAUGAGAAUGUGAGCAAAAAGGACGACGAGAUGUGCAUUUUCUACUUUAACAAGACCCAUCUUGCCACGUGGCUUCAAGCACAGAAGCUCGCGAAGCCGGAUGCGGCAUUUGUGAACGCGGAGGUCGCGCGGUUCGAAAUGGAGCCGACGGCACCGUGUAAUAUGGUUCCGCCGCUAUUCCUGACGUCGUACUGGAAAUUCGAACCUGGACACACUGAUCUCCGUGUCGACUAUCGCCUCAACUCAGAAUCUUCCAUCUCGGCGCCACUUCUCAACGUGAAUUUCAGCACAAAUUUGACGGGAAGCGUGGAUUCUGUGAUGUGUGAGCCAGAAGCCAAAUGGGUGGCUGGAAAUCCGUCACUCGGCUGGAAUUUGCUGGAAAUUUCAAGAAAUGGAGAUGUGCACGGAUCGCUGAAAGCAAGGAUAUUUAUGAAGAAUUCUGGGGACGAAGUAAGCUUGGAAAUGCUCGAUCGGAAGCCGGCGCAGGUCUUCGUGCAAUUUCAGUGCCUGGAAGCCAAUCUAUCUGGAGUGGACAUUUCCCUAGUGCAAUCGGAUAUUUAUCACCUGUCUAUGAUUCGUAAAAAGGUGCUCGCUGGUAAAUAUUUUUGUGAUCCCGAGCUGCGGAAAUAGAGAAGAUGAAGAGCUUUUUAAUUUGAUUUUUGUUUUAAUUUUUCUGUGUAAAUAUAGCAUAAUUCUCGCGAAAUCUGUGAUUUUAACAAACUUUCAACUUCUAGUUUUCCAAUUUUUCACCACCAAACGAGUUUUUCCACUAUUAUUCGUUAUCCCCCGCUGUAAUAAAUACUUUUUCCCGGC